AUGUCGCUCACUCGACCCAUACCAACGACAUGUCUACGAUGUAGUCGAAUAUCUUCAUCUGUCUCAAAAUCGUCCUCGCUCAGUGGCUUAACCUACCGUCAAUUCACCUCAUCCUCUUCUUCCACAAGAUCAUCAUGGCUCCGAUCCCAUCCUCGUCUAGCACUCACAAUCCUAGGUCUCACCCUCCCGACCUCAUAUUUCUUCUUCCCAUCUUCCCCAUCUCUCACACCCCACACAUACUCUGAACAACCCAUAUCGUCCACCCAAACCUUAUCGCCUCAACAUAAACUAAUCACCGUGCCUAUAUCUCAACCAUCCACCUCUAGAGAAUUCUUCGAGAGGCCAUAUCGUACCGAUGGGAGUAUAGCCAAUACAGAAGGAGGGGAAGUGGUAGUGCAGCAUAUGAUGAUCAAAAGUCCGGAUAUACAGAUCGAAAGGCCUUAUACACCCAUUAACGAUUGUUUGGAUGAUGGGGAGAUUAGGAUGGUGGUCAAGCGAGUGAGAGGUGGUGAAGUAGGUAGGGUAGUACAUUAUUUGAAAGAUGGAGAUAAAGUAGGGAUCAGAGGCCCUAUACCUACUUUCUCCAUUUAUCCAAAUCAAUACGAUAAGAUAAUAAUGAUAUCAACAGGAACAGCCAUCUCACCAUUCCUUCAAUUACUCUCCAAACUCCCUUCACCCUCUCCCUCAUCUUCGGAGGUAAUACCGAAACUUCACUUGAUACACUCGAAUCCUCUUGAAGGAAGGGAAGAUUGGUCCAAUACAACCAUCGAUAAAUCAUUCUUACCGAAUCUCCAAGAUAAAUUCGGUGACAACCUACAAAUCACAAGGAUCGAUCCUGGUCUGAUACCUAAACAAGUUAUCGUCAAUUCCCUCCAACAUGAAACAAAGAGCAACAAGGAUCAGAGGGUAUUGGUAUUGAUUUGUUUACCUCCAAUGCUCAUGAGACCACUCUGUGGAUCUAUGACACCCAAUCUCGGUCAAGGUCCCAUAACAGGUAUAUUAGGUGAAUUGGGUUUGACUAAUAAACAAGUAUGGAAAUUGGAGUAG